AUGGCGAGCAUCGAAUCCUUUAAUCCCAUCGAUCCAGCCUUGCGAGGCUCUUCUUUGACCUCCCCUCCAAAACCACGCGAUUCCCAGUCCUGCCAGAACGGCGCCGCUGCUGCCUACUCGUCCUUACAGGCAUCACCGAACAAUUCCUACCAAAGCAUACAGACGCCAAACUAUUAUCCCAACAAUCCGCAGACUCAGGAAAGCCCGGAUGACCAGAGUCCUUCGGGCAAUCCGGCCGAUCCCAAUGAUUUGAAAAGACCUCGCGCCUGUGAGGCGUGUCGACAGCUGAAGGUCAAAUGUGAACCAGAUGACAACAGCCCCACGGGUUCAUGUAAGAGAUGCGCCAAAGCAAACAGACAGUGUAUUGUCACCGCCCCGAGCAGGAAGAGGCAGAAGAAGACGGACAGUCGAGUGGCCGAGUUGGAAAAGAAGAUCGAUGCUCUGACCGCCACGCUGGCUGCCCGAGGAAGAGCUGAUUCAGAUCUGGCGGUAGAUCCCGCCAUUUCUCAAGCCCAUGCCUCUCAGCCUGUUCGUCCUCCAGCAUAUGGAGAUCAAUGGCAUGGCCCGCCACCAAUGGGCACCCAGUCUCCACAGUCUCUUCAGCAGGGCGUCAAGAGGAAGAUUGCAAAUGACUAUGAUUACUUUGGGGGUGAGCUACACAAUUCCUCCUCUUCAUCCGCCUUCAAACCUGCUGCGCCUGUUCCUCAAUAUCAGCACAUGUACCCGGACCCUGUCAAGGCCAAAGCAGACCCUGAUGAGGCUGUUUCUGUCGAUGCUGUCGAACGCGGUAUUGUGGAUGCCAACACUGCCCGGGUAUGCUUCGAACGGUAUAUGGCGGAGAUGUGCGAGCAUCUCCCACUCGUGGUCUUUCCACCCGGUACCAAUGCUGAUGAAGUUCGCAAAAGCAAACCCGUUCUGUUCCUUGCUGUUCUUGCAGUAGCAUCAGGCACAAUCCGACCAGAUCUACAGCCCAGGCUCAUCAGCGAAAUAACUCGGACCCUUGCGGAUCGAGUCAUCUUUCGAGGAGAGAAGUCACUCGAGCUGGUGCAGACAAUUCAGGUGACCACGUGCUUCUAUCAGCCUCCGGAAAAAUACGAAGAGUUGAACUUCAAUCAACUUAUCCAUAUCGCUGCUGUCAUGGCCCUGGAUCUUGGUAUGGGGAAACGAGCUAAACGAGGAGGUGGAGGCUUAUGGCGGCCAUACCACGAAAAUAAAAGACCGUUGACGGAUCCUAACAGCGCAGAGACCAGGCGAUGUUGGUUGGGUUGCUAUUAUAUGUGCUGCAAUUCAUCCAUGUCUCUGAGGCGACCAUUACUUGUUCGCUGGAGCCCUUAUGCGGAAGAAUGCAUCGACAUUUUGAAUUCUUCACCGGAUGCCCUGCCCUCAGAUAAAUGGCUCUGCCAUCUCGUUCGUGGACAACACAUUGCCGAAGAUGUUGGAUUGGAGUUUUCCAUGGAUGAUCCCGCCUCUCUCUUGACCCUAGCGGACCCGAAAACGCAAUAUCAUCUGAAAGCGUUUGAGCGGCAAUUGAAGGAAUGGCACGAUGCAGCCACCAAAGAAAUGCUCAAGAAGCCAUUCGUCCAACACUCCGAAGGAAUCAUCAAUCUGUACAUGCACGAAAUCGCCAUGCACCACAAUCACAACAUCGAUGAUUUUCGACCGCCAUUCAAUGCCACCCCCAUUGAAGGUCCUCCAGAUCCUGACAACGUGACCCCGGCUCACAUUGAAGCUUUAACCAUUUGUAUCCAUUCUGCCCAUGCUGCAUUUGAUGCUUUCCUGAACAUGGACAUCAAAAUGCUUCGGGCGCUCCCCACACUUUUCUUCGUGAGGAACUCAUACGCCGCUGUUGCGUUAAUCAAAAUGUACUCCGCGGUGUCUGCCAAAGGCUCCAAGUUUGCUUCAAUAUUCAAGACGAAGGAUCUCAAAGUGGAAUAUUAUCUUGACCGACUUAUCGAAGCCAUGACCAAAACGGCUGAGGAUGGUAUGAGCAGGGUAGCACACAAAUUCAGCCUGAUCUUCAAUAUGUUGAAGAGCUGGCAUAUGAAACGCACUGAGCCAUCCCACAAUGGCAGUAAUCCGGUGUCGAGACAACGAACUCCUGCAGGCAGAGGUAAUGCACAACAAAUAUACAAGGCCAUGGCCCCUCAGCAAGACCCUGGAAAGUUGGCAUGGAAUUCACAAAAUCGAGCAGCUAUGGAUCAGAAUGCUCAAGUCCAGCAGCAACCAAGAAGUGGUCUCCAAAUGCUCUCCGAAGCCGCAAUGGGACCUGGGCCCCCUCCACCAACCGUCAUCCCGCAACAAUGGAUGCAGCCAAUAAGUCAAGCUCAAAUGCUCCCUGGCGUUACAGAGAUGGGAAUGCAACAAGGAAUGAUGCCAUAUGGCAUGCCUGGACCCGAUCUGGGACACAUGGACGUGACUUCGGAUGAACUCAUAGCAUAUGGAUUUGGCGACGAGUUUCUGGCGAUGAACUUUGGUUUCGAACAGGGCGGCUGGCCACUUUGA